AUGGCUACGAUAUAUCCUAGGCUAGGGUUCUCUGAAUACAUUCCAUUGUCUACGCGUCGCUAUCAAGUUCGUGGGAAACUACUAUCAAUUGGUGAUCAUUUCAAAAUCAAAGAUCAACUAGGCAAUGACAUAUUUGUUGUGCGAUCGAAACUUCUUUCCAUUGGGGAUCAUAUGGUACUGGAAGAUAGAUUUGGAAAUGGUCUGAUCAAAAUUCGUCAAGUGGUACUUCAUCUUCUUCCUACAUUUGAUAUUAAAUCAAUCGUUCCUGGCGAGUUUAGUCAUUCAUUGGCACAAAUAAAACAAAACUUCACAUUUUUUCACAAAAAAUUUACCAUCGACUCCGUCUAUGGUCAAUAUGUACUCGAAGCAAGCGAUGUUAUGGCUCAUUCGUUCACACUUUCCAAAGGAAGUCGAAAUGUAGCUGUUAUUAGUAAAAAAUAUAUGUCCGCAACAGAUAGUUAUGACGUUGAAAUAGAUAACAAUGAAAAUCAACCAUUCAUAUUGGCACUCGUCAUCGUUAUUAAUCAAAUAUUAUAUACUUUUCAUUGGCAAAAACUUACAGUGUUGAAAUAA